UCCCUCCUUCCUAUUUUAAUGCUAGCUAAGAUGGUGGUUUGAGCGUAAAUUGUCUCCUCAAUACUAAGAUAAGACAGGGGCAAAAAACACCUUUACAGCUUUUAAUUAAACGGAACAACACAUCUACGGUUGUCCCAAGUGACCGCUUCGAGAUAUUUUGACAUUACACACACAUUGGCUCGCAGUCCCCGCCCAAUUCGGUGUGACUCUCUUGGAGUGGAAUCCUAAGCUAAAUACGGACAGGGUAAGUAACGCUAAGCUCUGCGCUCCGUGACCGCUUCAACGCUCAGCACCACCGCGCGCCGUAGGAUGUCCCAUAGCCCCGAAAUGAAGGACGACCCCAUGGAGUGCCCCCUGUGCAUGGAGCCGCUGGAGAUCGACGACGUCAACUUCUUCCCCUGCACCUGCGGCUACCAGAUCUGCCGCUUCUGCUGGCACCGUAUCCGCACAGACGAGAACGGCCUUUGCCCGGCCUGCAGAAAACCAUACCCAGAGGACCCCGCCGUGUACAAGCCUCUGUCACAGGAGGAGAUCCAGAGGAUAAAGAACGAAAAGAAGCAGAAACAGAACGAGAAGAAGCAGAAGGUGACGGAGAACCGCAAGCACUUGGCCAGCGUUCGAGUUGUUCAGAGAAACCUGGUCUUCGUGGUGGGACUCUCACAGCGCCUCGCCGACCCCGAGGUCCUAAAACGACCAGAAUAUUUUGGUAGGUUUGGGAAGAUCCAUAAAGUAGUUAUCAACAAUAGUACAUCAUAUGCAGGCUCACAGGUCCAGGGACCGAGCGCCAGCGCGUAUGUCACCUACGUCCGCCCCGAGGACGCUCUUCGGGCCAUACAGUGCGUCAACAACGUGGUGGUGGAUGGUAGAACACUCAAGGCUUCUUUAGGCACGACAAAGUACUGCAGUUACUUCCUUAAAAGUAUGCAGUGUCCUAAACCCGAUUGUAUGUAUCUACAUGAGCUAGGAGAUGAAGCAGCUAGCUUCACUAAAGACGAAAUGCAGGCUGGGAAACAUCAAGAAUAUGAGCAAAAACUCCUCCAAGACUUGUAUAAACUAAACCCUAGCUUUCUACAACCUCCGGCAUGUGGUACAGAAAAAUCAAAGAGUAAAUCGGGCUUAACGCAAAGACAAAACAGUAGCAACGGUAAAGAUGGGUGGCCCACGUUGUCAGGGCAUAGCAAACUAGCCAAUGGCCUUUCAGAGGACCGCAAGUCCCCUCCGCUGCUAGACUAUCUGGACCAAGAGGGUCUCGCCUCAGACGGUUUGGAUACAGACCUGGGUCCUGGCCAAUGCACUGCCAUGUCGCCCUUCUCCUCAAACUGUGACAGCAACAGUCCCAGUGACAAGGCUUCCGAGUCAAUCGCUAUGGUGAAUGGAGAUACCCUACAACAGAUAGCCGCAAGCGACUCCCCGUCUCCUCCUCCGGGUUUAAGCAAGCCUAGCCUGGUGGUGCCCAUCAGCGUGUCGGAUCUGACGGCCCGCUCGCCCUUCGAGGGCGCAGCGGCCGAGUCACAGUCGCUCUUCUCGGACAACAGCAAUUUCAGACACCCCAACCCCCUCCCCAGUGGUCUGCCCCCAUUUCCUAGCAACUCCCGAACUUCUGACUGGCCCAUGACUCCGGAACCGCACAGCCUCUUUACGUCAGACACGAUACCAGUGUCGUCGUCCACGGACUGGCAGGCGGCCUUCGGCUUCGGCUCGUCCAGCAAACAGCAGGACGACGACCUGGGCUUCGAUCCGUUCGACGUCACCCGCAAAGCGCUGGCCGACCUGAUCGAGAAGGAGCUGUCGGUGCAGGACCGGAGCCCCGCCUCCCCGGGCCCUUUCGUCCAGGGGAUCAAUCACGGGCCCGGCCUGCUGCCCCCGAACGGCAACGCCGGCAACUCUCACCACUUCCCCGGCGGCGUGCCCCGCAUCCCCCAGAUCCACCACAGAGCCAUCUACAGUUCCUGCAGUUUCCCCGGCACUCAUAGCAGCCAGACUAGUCAACAGCAACAGCAGCAAGGCAGACCCCCCUGGAUGGGCAUCCCCUCGCGGAAUAACCUCACACACUUGAACCACUCAGCCAGUGCUGCCUCACACAGUAAUUUCUUGGACCUGAAUCUGCCUCCUCAGCAUAGCACAGGUCUGGGAGGGAUCCCCAUCUCAGAAAACAGCGGCUCUAUAGAAGGCCUAAAUGUGAAAGAGUGGCAAGAUGGCCUCCGAGCACUCCUGCCCAACAUCAACAUCAACUUCGGAGGCCUUCCCAACUCGUCGUCCUCUUCGUCCUCGUCGUCCUCAAACAGUGUUAACCACAUUGGCGGUCCGGCGGGCAUUUCGCACAGCCUGAGCUGGGACAGCACCGCCAGUUGGAUGGACCCCGCUAUCAUCACAGGCAUCCCGGCCUCGGCGGGGACCAGUUUAGACUGUCUCCAGGACGACAACCCCCCACACUGGCUCAAGUCCCUGCAGGCGCUCACGGAGAUGGACGGUCCGGCCGGCUCAGUGGCGGCGCCCACCCCCCAGCCCCUCCACAGCGCCAUCCUAGAUGGCCACCUCCCCCUCCACCACAGAGCCGCCGCUGCCGGCUGGGCCCCCUACCUGCCCCCCGCCACAGCAAGCCCCGCCAGCCAUUUCCACUCCCCCCCGCCAGGCUUCCAGACGGCCUUCAGACCCCCGGGACAGCCCGCCACAGAGUUGCUACAGAGUGCCGCUGCGGACCGCCACUGAAUACAAGACUACACCCAUUGACCCCAGUCAUGAUGUACCCCCGCCCCCUCAAAAGCGAAACACAUCAAUCUGCAGAGUAUGAAAAAUGAUUAACAAAGUAACAACUAUGCUUUCUUUUGGUCCACUUUUUUCUCUUUUAUUUUUGAUUGUGGCACACGAAUGAUCCAUCAUAACCUCCAUCUGCUACCGUCACCACUUCUUAGACCUAGAUGGGGGAGAGGGGGGACUCCAACAUAGCACUGAGCACCCUAAAACUGACAAAAGAUUCAAUUAAGCUUAAGUGAGGGUCUUCUUUUUAAACAUAACUAACCUAAAGUGUGAACCAUUGUUGGACAGACGGCGCCAUCAAUUUUAUAUUCGGAGCAAAGCAAGCUGUGAAUCAAGGAUGAGAGUUGUCGCCUGGCGUUAUUGCUUGCCGAGGGGCGACGCGGGAUAGGCUUCGGGGAAUUACAGGGCGCAGGGUAUGCACAGGGCUCCCCGUAAGGUGGAGGGAGACACCAAAAGGACCCCCGGCUCGCGAGGCCCGGAUUCGCUCUGCUGGGGACAUUUUUGCUGAACCUCUGUAUCAGAGGGUAGAGCAGUGCCCGAUUGCUGGGGAGGGUCGUGUAAGUGAGAGGGGGAGUCCGCCCCCGCGGGAAAUGGUGGCACAUAUCCUGAGCACGAGGGUUAGACUCCUUACUCACAGUGCCACCGUGUGGUACCUACAGUAGCCUAGCCCUAACAUGGACGGCCACCAAGUAAAUAGAAGGAAAACUCGAUGGGAGAAGAGGAGGAUUUAAGUACUAACUAGGGAGGCUAGGUUGGGAGCGAUCGGCCCCUCGCCCCACCUUGUCCACCCGCGAGGGCUUAAUUGAAGCCUUAAUGGAGCGGAGAGAGAACAGGGUUCGGGUGCAUGGAGGAGGUGAGCUCUCAUGUCUAUGAUUGCAAUAUUAGAGAGGCCCAGACAUGACAUGUAAGGGAUGAAUGACACUUGAAACAUGCACAAAAUCAUUUGUGGCCAGGAAAUACAAAAAAUCAAUAAUUGGGUAUAAAAUACGCACCAACGACUAAUUUGGGACCGCAAAAUAAACGUGUACAUUAAGUACUCAUUUGUGACAGCAAAGUAGAUAUUUGUGUUGGUGAAAUACUGUGCCACGAAAUGCUAAUGAUUUUGGUCCACAAUGCUAAUUAGAUACCACGGGCAUGAAACACUCAUUUGUGGCUGCAAAGCCCUAAUUAAUGACAAAAUAAUGAUUUGAACGUCCAGCUAAGCAAAUGGAGUGCUCCUUGGCUGCAAGUCGUGUCACUGUCAAUCUCCCAGCCCGGCAUACCACCAAAAAGAGAUCUCAAAUAGUGGAUACAUAAAUUUGAUGUAUCUUCUGCCAUCUAGUGGAUGGUCAUUUAAUAGUUCUGCAUUUCAUGACACUUUGAGCGUCUGUUCUUUAUCAAUCUUGUGACCACAGUUAAUUUAUUUCCCUAGCUGUCAUGUCUGGGGGGUACGUUAUUGUGUGUCACAAAGAAAGGUGCUGCAAUACAAAGUACUGUAGUGGUGAAUCUCAGCCUUUUUUCUCCCCAUCAUCUUGACUUUAUCCCCUACCACCUUUCGCCUUUCUUCUUCUUUUCAAGUCUUAAUUUGUGACCCUCGUUUUCCGCUGUCCCCCGUUUAACAGUAUUGACUCACAAUGAUCAAAAUGGGAGAAACUGCCACAGUCAUGAAUAGGGUUUUAACACAAUGCCUUGAAGAGGAAAGAAAAAAAACGGAGAAAUUGAGGCGCUUAAAAGGAAGUUAAACUGUCCUCUGCAGGUCUGCAAGAUGAACCUUAAAUAAAACAGAAAACUCAAAA